GUGCAACCUCCAUCCAUCCAGCAAAACAAAACUAAACACCUGACAAAUAAUCAAUACUUACUACACCCUCACAAUUACUCAUUGUAUUACUCAAACCCGACCACGUUGAAGGAGAAUGGAUCAUGCGACUGUGUCAUUGUCUGUCUUGUCUCCUGUCUGUCUCCUGUCGGGUGCAGACAUGCAAGGGGAGGGGUCUGGUCCAUCCACCGUCUUACGUUCCGACCUGCUGUGUCUGUCUCUCUUCCUUUCUUCCUGCGCGAUGAGAUCAUCGGAUGGGAUUGGUUCUGUCGUAUUGCCCUCUGGUUGGGGCUUCGAGAGUGGCCUGGCUCAUGGGUCAGUCGUAACUAGAUAAAGUUUUUGCUUUGCUUGUUCUCGGUGAUUAGGGAUAGUUGGGGUUAGUAUCUGCUAGUUAUCGGUGUUUAUGCUGGGUUAAUCUGGG